GAGGUCUCAUUGCGCGAUCGUUCGAUCAUUGCACUGAAAAUCAAACCAUAGGGGGCCUGAGGUGGCUGUGUUUCGCUUCAGGCAUCUGCGCGACACGCCGACUAUCAACAUCGUCCGAACUGCGAUCGCAACUUUCUGAACAUCAUGAAUACUGGGACUAUGUGUUGUGAGAUCAUCACCACGCACGUCGAUCCAUUUUGCGAUUUCAGCUGCACAACUUCUGCCGGUGCAACACCAGACGCCGCGCCUGGGCCAUCAUCAUUACCAUGUACUGUCUCUCCUGCCCCGUCAAAGUCAGAUGAGAACGAGAGUCCUCUAUAUACCGAGAUCAAUAUACCACUUCCCGCUGUGCCAGCCCCACCAAAGCAGUACCAGCAACCACAACAAUCCCUCUCACCGCCACCGAGGUCCCGCUCGAGAGCAGUCUCUUUAUCUCCAUUGUCACCGUUUCGUUACAGGAGCUCUUCAAUCUCCUCGUCAGGGAAGGCAAGUGAGGAGUGGCCCAGGAUCAAGAAGGAGGUGAAGAACAAGGAAGUCGCUGCGGCGAUGAACCUCAGCUACCGAAGCAAGCGAACUAGAAGUGGCACGAUUGAUGCCCUGGCUGUCGUCCCGGCUGUCUUGAUAUUGAGCGCUGAGUUGUUCAUGCCCGGGCAGAGCAACGAUGGAAGACGGAAAGAUAACGGAGUAGGUAGGUUGGGAGACGGAAUUCGAUGAAGAUCCUAGGUCAUCCAGACCGAAUACUUCAACUGUCAUUUGCGCGUCAAUGC